GAGCAAUCUCUCCCACACUGUAAUUUAUUACAUGACAUUGUAUAUCCUCUGUUCUCUGAUCCCUCUGUCUCCAUUUCUCCUUACCCUGCCUCCACCUCCCUCUUCCAUCCUUCCUUCUCAUCUCAUGCACUGUGAGAGAGAAUCAGUCACAUUCCAGUCACAAGAAGAAAGAGAGGCAAAGAACACUAAUCCUUAAACUCUCCAAACCCAUUCCUCAGACGUCAAUGGAGAAUGCCGUGAAGGCAGCAGCAGCAGCACCGCCACCCCCACCAGGAGGAGGGGAGCAAGAAGCAGGAGACGGGACGGUUCAGUGCAGCCAGCACCGUUUCAAGAACAGCAGCAGCAGCAACCCCGGAGGGAUCUGCGCCUUCUGCCUGCAAGAGAAGCUCGGGAAGCUCGUCUCCUCCAGCUUCCCUUCACAGCCCAUCAUCCCCUCCUCCUCGUCUUCUCCCUCCCCGUCCUUCAGAUCUGACAUCAAUGGCGUCUACGGGGGGUUCUGUAACUCCGCCGUCGCUUCCUCCUCCUCUUCUUCCGCCGGGAAGAGGGCUGAGGCUCAGUUCAGCGGGCAGAGGAGCAGGAGCAGGAGCAGGAUGAUUCCUUUCGUCUCGGCCGCGGCGAAGAAGAAGAAGAAGAGCCCCUCCGAUGUUCCUUCGUCCUUCAAGAGGAGCAAGUCCACCACCAGCGGCCCCAGGAGAGGACCCCUGCUAAGUGCUCACCAGGUAGUGGAGGACAGUAGUCCCAGGAGCAGGAGAGUCGGCUUCUGGUCAUCGAUCUUCUACCUAUCUUCCUCCUCGAAGGCGGGGGAUUCCGGGAAAACCGAAAGAGGCACCAGAGGCUUGACCAUCACCCAUGCAGCGACAGGGGAGGAAGAUGAUGCAGUGAGCCAGAGGAAGGUCUCGAGGUCGAGGUCUGUUGGCUGUGGGAGCAGGAGCUUCUCAGGGGACUUCUUUGAGAGGAUCUCGAACGGGUUCGGGGACUGCACUCUCAGGAGGGUGGAGUCCCAGAGGGAAGGCAAUGGGAAGACCUCGAGAUCGGAGGGGAGGAGGCAGAGGGAGGCCCGGAACCAGAAGCAAGAACCGAUCAAGGAGAGGGUCAGAUGUGGAGGGAUCUUCGGCGGGUUUAUGCUGACCACAUCAUCUUCCUCAUCAUCUUCGUCCUCGUCCUACUGGGUGUGCGACGAAAUCAAUGGAGGGGCUAACGGCAACAGUAACUGCGGAAGGUCAGGAGGUGGAGCUGGCGCUAAUGUUAGAAUCCGAGGAAGCAGCAGCAGCUGGGGAUGGGCUUUUGCUUCCCCCAUGAGAGCUUUCAGCAGACCUUCUUCCAAGGCCGGUGAGAAGAUCAACAGGAUGAAGAAGAACAGCACGACUGCCCCAAAUCUGAAUGCCAUCCCUUCAAUUCUCUCUGUAAGUGGCUAGAGAGGUUAUUAAGGAGAUGUGAAAACUCGAUAGAUCUAGUUCGCAUUAGUCAUCUGCAGUCGAUAAUUGUUCGAUCUAUGUGACAUAUUAGGGAUCAUAGUGAUCUAUUUCUCUCAAGAAUUGUCUUCGAACCUCAAGAGAAGCUGUAAUAGGAGAGAGGCCGUUUGGAUCUGUAGUUCGCGAAUGUGGAAGGAUCGAUCGUCAAACUAUUCUCUGUCAAACCCUCAUGCCACGUGGAUAGGAAGGAUUGGUUGAUAUCUUCUUACUUACAGAGAGCAAGGGAUCGUCGUCUCAAAUCGGGGGUCGGAUCCGCAUUUCCUUUCUUUCGGAUGGUUUGUUUGUUGUUAAGGAUUGGAAUGUGUAGUGUGAUGUGGAGAACAUGUGUUCAUUUCAUGGUGCUAGGAAAAAAAUGUUUUUACUAACCACAUGGGAACACAUGUUUUGAUGCCUUCCCUCAAGAGUCAAGUGCAUCUAUCAAAAUGAAUGAUGGAGAAGUAUCCCUUAUUGUCA